AUGAUUGCAUUACUGAGGAUACCCCAGGUAUUCGGUGGAGGAAGUCGGACGUAUACCUUCAGAACGAUUAUUGUACAUCAGAGUACCGGCCCAGCCAGCGGCUGCAAUGCGUCCAGACGCUUAUACCGGAAGCAGGCAUCACAAACUGUAGCUAAAGAGACAAUUCUUCCGUCUGGCCAUCAUGGAGGAAGUGACGGACACUUAGCAAGACCACUGACCUUAGCUCACAAAACCCGAGUUGGCGGGACACACGAGAGGCAAACGCAGGCACAGGCGAUUAUUCCGCAUUCAGCCACUGCUAAGCUUCCAGCCGUACCAACCCAGACCAAGUCACAAUCUGAACAGCACGACUUGUCUGAUGCCAGCUCCAGGUCCAAUACUGCCAAGUUAAUUCCCAAUCCGCUUAUUCCUAGAGAGCUCGCUCCGUCAGUUGCCGCCCUCUUCGCACAGGUAAACAGCUUUGCAAAGGCUUACGGUUUUGGUGUUGUUAAGGCCCAUAGUAUGGUUUGA